GCCGGGGCCGCCUGCGGAUCAUGUGGUGCGGCGGGAGGAAGUGCCGCUUGUUUUCUUUCCUGCGGGCGCCGGGCUCCGGGCGGGGCGCGCGGCUCCGAGACCCCCCCGGGGGCGGCGCGGGCCGCGAGCGCAGAUGAGGCGCCCCCGGCCCCGCUCCGGCGUCCCGGGCCCGAUGGCGGCUCCGCCGUGGGACCCGCUCCGCAACGACUCUCUGCCGCCCACGCUGACCCCGGCCGUGCCGCCCUAUGUGAAGCUCGGCCUCACCGUCGUCUACACCGCGUUCUACUCGCUGCUCUUCGUGUAUAUCUACGCGCAGCUCUGGGUGCUGCGCUACGGCCACAAGCGGCUGAGCUACCAGAGCGUCUUCCUCUUCCUCUGCCUCCUCUGGGCCUCCCUGCGGACCGUCCUCUUCUCCUUCUACUUCAGAGACUUCGUGGCGGCCAACGCGCUAGGCCCCUUCGUCUUCUGGCUGCUCUACUGCUUCCCCGUGUGCCUGCAGUUCUUCACGCUCACGCUCAUGAACCUCUACUUCACGCAGGUGAUUUUCAAAGCCAAGUCAAAAUAUUCUCCAGGAUUACUCAAAUACCGGCUGCCCCUCUACCUGGCCUCGCUCUUCAUCAGCCUCAUUUUCCUGUUGGUGAAUCUGACCUGCGCGGUGCUGGUGAAGACAGGCGGCUGGGAGAGGAAGGUCAUCGUCUCGGUGCGCGUGGCCAUCAACGACACGCUCUUCGUGCUGUGUGCUGUCUCCCUCUCCGUCUGUCUCUACAAAAUCUCAAAGAUGUCCUUGGCCAACAUUUACUUGGAGUCAAAGGGCUCCUCUGUGUGUCAAGUGACGGCCAUCGGAGUGACCGUCAUCCUUCUCUACACCUCCCGAGCCUGCUACAACCUGUUCAUCCUGUCAUUCUCCCAGAGCAAAAAUGUCCAUUCCUUUGAUUACGACUGGUACAAUGUCUCAGACCAGGCGGAUCUGAAGAACCAGCUAGGAGACGCCGGAUACGUGGUGUUUGGGGUGGUCCUCUUCGUGUGGGAGCUCUUACCCACCACCUUAGUCGUUUACUUCUUCCGAGUUAGAAACCCUGUGAAGGACCUUAGCAACCCUGGAAUGGUCCCCAGCCAUGGAUUCAGUCCCAGAUCUUACUUCUUUGACAACCCUCGAAGAUACGAUAGUGAUGAUGACCUUGCCUGGAACAUUGCCCCUCAGGGACUUCAGGGAAGUUUUGCUCCAGACUACUAUGACUGGGGACAACAAACCAACAGCUUCCUGGCAUCAGUGGGAACUUUCCAACCAGACCCAGUUUUGGAUCCUGACAAACCAGGCCAUGGGUAGUAUCAGUCAAUUCUGUGGAAGAUUCCUCAGUGAAGACCUUCAAAGAGAUUAACUUCAUGACAGCUGAAUUUUUGAGCAUGAUUCCUGUCCAUCAGCCACGUGAAGAGGCACGUUCUAGACGACGGCUUCAGUGAACUCAGCUGGGACUCCAGCCCCGGUGCAAGUCUAAAACCUCCAAGAUCUAUCAAGGUACCACUGCCUACGAUGGGAAACUGUGUCAGGGAGGUUAAAUGCUCGGAUAUUCCGUAAAACAGAAGGUCCUGGAGGAAGGAUGGUUACCAGCGAGAUGUGACCUGCUCUGUCUAGGAAAUCUCACCUCUCGGGACAGGAGGAGGAGGAGCAGAUGGACAGACAGUCAUGCUCUGCCUUCAGGAUGAAGCCCAUUGCCAGUAUCUCUUAUUUCUCAUUAUGGUCUUCAGAAAGGAUUUCUCUCUGGGCAUUGAUUUCACAGAGAUCAAGUCUACUUCUCUUGAUGGUGAUUAAAAUUGCCAUCUCAAGUUGUAAAA